AUGGUUCAAAAUCUGAACAAGAACAUUCAAGAAGGAGAUAAUCCGGAUUUGACAUCUGAAAGGUUAACAUCAACGUUUAAUACCAAUGAUAUGGCUGCUCAAAUUUGGGGAAGUGAGAAGCGCGCUCGUCGUCGUCGUGAGAUUAGUGCUAAAAUUGCUCAAAUGCCAGAGCUCCAUGACUCCAAACCAUUACCAUUUAUGACCAGAGAGGAGAAAAUUAUGGAAUCGGCGAGAAAGUUGACAAUUUUGACAGAGAAAAUGGGCCAGAUUAUUGACCCAACUGAUCCAGCCGAGUUGUAUCAUUUGAAUAACGAAGUCCUCGGUCUGGAAGGCAACCCAAUGGCACUCCACGGAGUCAUGUUCAUUCCAGCGCUCUCUGCUCAAGCAUCCGAUGAGCAACAAGCCAAAUGGCUACCAAGAGCUCUCCGUCGAGAAAUCAUUGGAACCUACGCCCAAACCGAAUUGGGUCAUGGAACGAAUCUUCAGAAUCUGGAGACAACGGCUACUUAUGACUUGGCGACACAAGAAUUUGUACUCCAUACUCCACAAAUCACCGCAUUGAAAUGGUGGCCAGGAAAUCUAGGAAAAAGCUCCAACUACGCGGUUGUAGUAGCCCAUAUGAUAAUCAAGGCGAAGAAUUAUGGGCCACAUCCGUUUAUGGUUCAAUUGAGAGAUGAGAAGACGCACGAGCCGCUUCCAGGAAUCACUAUUGGAGAUAUUGGACCAAAAAUGGCAUAUAAUAUUGUGGACAAUGGAUUUUUGGGAUUCAACAAGUACCGUAUUCCAAGAACGAAUCUUCUCAUGAGACAUACUAAGGUGGAGGCCGAUGGGACUUAUAUAAAACCGCCCCAUGCUAAGAUCAACUACUCCGCUAUGGUUCAUGUUAGAGCUUAUAUGUUGACGGGACAGGCGAUUAUGUUGGCGAGUGCACUAAAUAUUGCGACUAGAUACUCAUCGGUUAGACGGCAAGGACAGAUUGAUAAGAGUCAACCAGAAGUAAAAGUACUCGAGUACCAAACCCAACAACACCGUCUUUUCCCAUCCAUCGCCAGAGCCUACGCAUUCCAAUUCGCUGGAGCCGAGACUGUCAAACUGUACGAGCACGUUUUGAAGGAGAUGAAAUCUGGCAAUGUUUCUCUGAUGGCUGAUCUACAUGCAUUGACUUCCGGAUUGAAAUCAGUGGUCACUUAUCAGACUGGAGAGGGCAUUGAACAGGCGAGAAUGGCAUGUGGAGGGCAUGGUUAUUCUAUGGCCAGCUACAUCUCUGAGAUCUAUGGAGUUGCAAUUGGUGGAUGUACGUAUGAAGGGGAGAAUAUGGUGAUGCUCCUCCAGUUGGCAAGAUAUCUUGUCAAAUCAGCAGCACUUGUGAAAUCAGGUCAAUCUUCGAAACUCGGCCCUCUAGUCGCUUAUCUGGGUGUCAAAUCCGAGCCAACUUCUCUAAUCGAUCGUAUUCCAAAUUCUGGAUUCACUGAGUAUGUGAAGACGUUCCAACAUGUGUCAAAAAGACAAACACUCAAGGCAGCCGAUAUGUUCUUCGGGUUAAUGGAGAAGGGAGAGAAACGAGAGAUUGCAUGGAAUAAGUGCUCCGUGGAGUUGAAUAGGUUAGCUUUUUCCCAGGCCAGCCGUCUCCAUACCCGUCUGUUCAUCGUCGAAGCCUUCGUCAGACGUGUCAACGAAAUUGCGGACAUCCGGAUUAAGGAGGCACUGACAGACUUGCUCCAUUUACACGUUAAUUAUGAGCUCUUGGAUAUUGCGUCAUAUGCAUUGGAGGAUGGGUUCUUGUCAGCCAGUCAACUGGAUUAUAUCAGAGAUCAAGUCUACUUGUAUCUUGGAAAAAUUCGACCAAAUGCAGUGUCACUUUUGGACUCCUGGGAGUUUAGCGAUAUUGAGCUGAGAUCGGUCCUCGGUCGUCGCGAUGGAAAUGUCUAUGAGAAUCUCUUCAAAUGGGCAAAAUCGUCUCCAUUGAACAAGACAGACGUACUUCCAUCAGUUACUCAGUACUUAAAACCAAUGAUGGAAAAGGCCAGAUUAUAA